GUUUACAUUUUCGAACUAUUGGAUAUCUCACCGCCUGCCUAGCAGGCCUAGCUACAGCAUACUAGUCCUCUUUGCUUCCUCCACCACCUACCUACCUUCAUCAGUCUGGGUUGCUUCCUCCGUCCCUUGAUUGCUUCCUACCCUAGGUAACAAACUAUAAAAGCAAACCUUGGUCCCCCAUCUCUAAACAUCUCUAUUCACCCUACGAGCCAAACCAAAAUAAACCAAACACCUACAAAACUCAAAACAAACAAUGUUCCCCUCUCCCGCUUCCCGCAUCGCCCUCAGCACCGGCGGCGUUCCUUCCGGAACCUCUUCCUCCAACCCGCGACUAUUUGUCCGCCACCCCCGCCUAGCCUUCUUCACCUUCGCCCUCGCCGGCGUAGGCGCCACCUUCAAGUACGUGUCGACGACGAUCCGCAACAACGAGGUGGCGCAGAAGAGCUCGCCUGGUUCGCAGUUUUAUGUCAGCGUCGAUAGGAGUGGUGGGGGGAUUUGAUAUGUCUGACCUGGGGGAGAGGAAUGGAGGAGGGGAUGGGGUGUUGUGGUUGGAUGAGUCAAUGAUGAACUACGAAUAAUGAAACGACAUGAACGAAUUGAUGGGUGCGAGAUAUAAGAUUUUUUGGAUGGGAUUGUAAUGAUUGAUAUCAAGGGCGGGUAGCCAGCCGGGCCUGCAAAUUUCGAAACGGGAUUGUAUGAGAAGAGGCACAAGUUGAGCGUAUUUUUGGAUCAGUAGUCAUUUUGUCAAGACAACAAGAAUGACAACGGCAGAGGUUUGAAGAUAGUCAGGUAAUAAGCACCUCAAUCUUGAUUUGUGAAAAGCAACGAUAUAUGACAA